UGUUGUAUAGUUCAUUUCUCACUUUCUCAGCGGUUCAUCGAAAAUGCAAGCGUUUCGACGAAUCACAACGUGUGUCUCGACGGCAAAGCAAUUCAACGCUCUAUCAUCCACGGUUACCGGGAAAUCCCGUUUCAAUUCUACCGGCGAAGUUCCGGCGACGCGACUUUGGUCGUCGGGUCGUGAUUCUCGGAACGGCGAAGACGAGUGGAACGAGGCCUGGGAAUCGGCGUGGCUGCCGGAGGAUCUUACGCCGAAGACCCGAGCGCCGUGGGAGACCGACGUCAACUUCCCUUCCUCCUCCUCCGCCGUAGCCGUUGCCGAUGUCGACGUUGAGACGAAGGCGUUCGUGGAGGAGAUGAACGAGAACUGGAACGAAAGGCGGAAAGGAUCGAAGGAGAUAAAGAGCGAUGAGAAGGGUGCGCUUUACAGCUUGGAGAAUAUGAAGAAGGAUUACCGGUUGAAGAAGCAGAGAAUGCAUGCUGGCUUGUGGAUGAAGGAGAUUGAGAAGCUUGAGGAGGCCAAAUUGGAAGAUUCUUCUGUGCCUGCUGGUGAUGACAUUCAGAGAUUGCUUGAUAGCUGUUCUGACAUUUUCGACUCUGGCAACAAUGAUCUGAACAACGCAAAAGCUCCUACUUCUGAGUUCAAAAACAUGCCUGAUGGAUGGGAAACAAUAUCAAAAAAUCAAGAUGGAAAUAUAUGGGAGAUGUCCCAGAGAGAAGAAGAUAUUCUUCUCCAGGAAUUUGAACGACGAAUUGCUUAUAGCAAGUUUCAGAUUGCUAGUUUUAUCAAGACUCACAUAUUUAGCCGAAGGAGGCCAAUUGAUGGGUGGAAAUACAUGAUAGAGUUGGUGGGACCUAAUGCUAAGAGAGGGAAGGGUAGUGUUCCUAGAGUACCCAGUCUGUCUGAUCCCUCUACUCAACCAUUCAAGGAGGAGAAGACUUCAGUUCAUAAAACUUACAUUCCCCUUGAGGGAAGGUAGCUUGGUCGUGUAGUGUUAUGUACUAUUUUACAGUGCAGAGCUCGUUUCAUUCAAAAAUUGGCAAAUAAAAGGACAGUUACUACUGCAACUUAGUCUUUGCUGAUAACAGAUGCUCUCCAUGGUAUAUUGGUUAAGGUUCAAAACCGUGCAUGAAGUCUAAAAGCAAUCGACAAUAUGACGUAGUAUGAAC